AUGUACGGUUCUCAACCUCCUCCGCAUUAUGCGGGGGGUUACCAGAACCCACCGCAACCCGAAUGGCAAUCUCAUCAACAUACGCCUUCCGCUACAUACAACCCCAGCACAUAUGGACCUAUUCACCCCACCACUUCACCAGCUCCUCCAGUGAGUCCUCCUAAUGUUGAUACAAGUAGCUGGGGUGUGCGGUACAAUCAUCAACAUAUGGCGCAGGGACCACCACCCCCUCCAUUACCGCCUCGGCAUAACGAUAUAUACUCUGCACCGUCUCCUCCCCCGCCGCCACCUCCGCCUCGUCCAACUUCAACGUCGAUUCAAGCAGCUCCGCCUGCGAAUUGGGACUAUAAUAAUACCACAUACCCGCAGUCGACUCAAACUCCGUCGGGGCCUCCUCCAAAGCCGCCUAUACCACCUGCUUAUCAGACUGAAAUGCAGCAGACCCCUCAACCAUGGCAGGCAAAUCAACAGAGCUACGGCCCACAGUACUCCCACCAUCCGCCAACACAUCACUAUGAUCCGAGCGCGCAACCAGUACAUCAGCCUCACAGCUCUCCAUAUACAUCUGCUCCUGAUCCGGCAGGAACAAGCUACUAUCAAGCGCCGAUUCCUCCUCUCGGAAGUCCACCACCAGCCAACUCAAUGUCACCACCGUCGCAACCUCCCCCGAAUGUUCUCCCUCAAACUACCAACCCGCAAUGGGCAACAGCACAACCUAGUAAUCCCGUCGCGGGAGCAUCAAUACUCGGACAUGGCGGGGUCUCAGAUUGGGAGCAUUUGACUCCUACCGCUGGUGAUGUAGAUGAUUUAUAUCAGGGAAAUUCUAGCUCUAAACAGCCUAUGAUACAACAAAGUGGUUCGACGCCCAUUCUACAGGAUUCUGCACAUACUUUUCCUCAAUAUCAGACUCCCGUAUCUCAUGUGCCCAGCUCAAGUUCUCCUGAUCAGACGAAGUGGAUACCGCCUGUUGAAAGUCAGCUUUCUAAUGUACAGGCUACCUUUCACCCAUCCCAUCCCUCAAGGAAUGAUAGCGUUCAAUCCCAAGAAAGCGCUGUAUCUCCACAAGAAAGGUCAGAUACUAUUGACGGUGUUAUUCAGGCUUGGAGCCAGAACCCUAUCUCGCCUAUUAUUAAACCGCAGGAUGAGCCAUAUGCUAGAAGCCCGAUACCAAUGUCUGCAAAACCUGCUUCCCCAACAGCUGCACAGCCUAAUUCUCCGCAGUCAUUGUCUCCUAACCCACAACCUGUCCAAUCACUUACUAGUUCGGCACCUACGAGCACUCCUCCGCCAGCGACGGGUUCAAGUAGUACUCCUGGAGCACAAGGCGAGCAGGCAAUUGCUGGGGCAACAACACCUGGCGCUUCUGAAUCUACUGUGGCCCCAGUCAAAUAUCUCGAUCCAUAUGAUGAUCUCGACCCGUGGUCGAAAUCUUCCUUGCAUCGCUAUGUGACAAUGUUGCGUAAAGAGGCGGUGGCAGAGUCUGAAGAGGAGAAAUACAAGAUCUUCACUAGCUUUGUCGCCAAGGAGACCAGACUACGAGAGGUCUUGUAUAGUAUCGAGACAUCCGACAAGGAAUCCACUCCCGCCCCGCACAGUGAAGGAGUCGAAAGUAUGCCUACGGCCUCUGUGCCUGUUGAUUCCGGACUUAUUCCCGUACAGUUGGAAGCGAGUGCUCAGCAACCUGAUCGAGGUCGACAUGCGUCUGUAGACUCUGAUGACAUUCCAUAUAGUCCUGGUGGACGACCUAUACUUAACAAAGGCCCUGUACAAAGUAUCGCCAAAGAGCACAACAGUCUUCACCGGUCAGCAUCGAAUCCUCAAGGCAAAGGUAGUAGUUACUUUGGCGGUGGUUUAGUUGUACAGCACCAGGACGAGCCUGCUCUCAGAUCAACAUCGGUACCACCCUCUAUGAAUACCUCGACAGUUCCACAACAGGUUACUCCGCUGAUCUCAGAACCUCCUCGGCCUGCUUAUACGCCUUUCCGAUAUGCAGAAGGCCCACAGCGCGGUGGGGAGGAUCUGAACAUUGCUCAGCCAGGCUAUCAAGCCUACUCAGCCUUGCGUCAAGCAUCUGCUGAAAGUGGACGUGCUAUGGCGGUACCAACGCUACGGACUCCAGAAAAGCAAGACGUGAAUGUCCAGAAAUCCCCAGGAAGCAUUCAAAUGGACGAAACGUUUCUUGGGAUCAUCCGAGAGAAGAGUGUUUCUUAUAGAGGAAAAAAUGAACCACCUGUGAAGGGAACGGGUCUCGAGGAGCUUGGCGCCUUGAUUCCAGAUCCAUUCCCGGUGUGGGAAGAGAGUGUCGAAAUCAGCAACAUAAGAAAGAAGAUGGAAGUCUAUUCUGAUGAUUUUAGGUAUAUAUACGUGACUACUGAAAACUGGGAGCUAUCUGCCAGAGAUCGUCGAGAAGCUAUAGAGAAGGAGCGCCUCCACCGUCAAGAAGCAUCGGAGGCGCAUAUCGAUGCCCUUUUCAACGAGAAGGAGAUUGGCUACGCUGAUAUAAACCCUCUUGAGGAGGAGUUCCGACAACGAGAGGCUCGAAUUCAGCUGGAGGAAGAGCGCAAGGAGCUUGACAGCUACAUCCGGAGAGUCUUCAACCCGGUAGACACGCGACUCAAGGAGGAGAUUGUGGAACUCAAGGCACUGUAUCAAAGAGCAUUGGACGAGCUUACCUACGACAAGAUCCAUUCAAACAGCAAUUCGAAAUACCAGAUAUCGCACACAAUGAAGACGAUUAAUACGUUAGUCAGUAAGUUGGAAGACCGAUACCAGAAGCGGCUCGACCUUGGUCUGGAUCGAGAACGACAUCGGAAAAGGGCAGAAAGACGACCACUAGUAUUCCUCGGGGAUUCCCGAGCACUGAAGAAGCUGGACGCCGAUUUUGAAAAGAUGGAGAAACAGAACAUUGUCGAAGCUGCCAAAGACCGGGAUGCGAGAGCGAACAAGUUAACGGAUGUGUUUGACGAGGCCAUUCUUCAUGCCUUGGGUAAUCAUCAGAGUGUUCUAGAUGAAACGGCAACGAAGACGCGUAAACUUGAUGUGGGCAUUGUUGAGCGGAGCAAUCUGUCAGAGGUGGACAAGGAGUUACUGCUACGGUCGAUUUCUGCGCUAACGAAAUUGCUUGCUGAAGACGCCGAGUCUAUGUUGACAAGCUUCCGGGAGGCUGAUAGUCGGUUGAACGAGGCAGAUUAUAACGUCUCUGUGACUGAGGCUCAGUACGCAAACGCGGAUCCCGAGGUAUUCCGUCGACUAGAGGAGGAAAAGAAGAAAGAAGACGACAAGAUCCAAGAAGACCACAAUUCGAAGCUGGAGAGCAUCAAAAAAGCCCCCGCCGAGAUAUCGAGUAAGAUCGACUCAGUCUUGAUUGCAAUGCGCAAGGAACCCGGUACAGGCCCGGGACCAUGGCGACGACCUGCGUCACUUGCCAACAAUCUUUCUGUACAAACACCACCACAAACGCGCUCUCGUUCACCAUCCACGGGAGCACUACCAGACCGCCAUGAAAAUCCCAUUAAUGAGGAAGAAGCUCAUCCCGUCGAAAUCCUAAUGCCGGGUCCACCACCGCGACGAUCAUCGGCGGAAACAGAGCAGCAAGAACGACUUCGAAAGGCGCUUGAAGAUGCGAAGAAACGAAAUGCAGCGAAGAAUUUUACUACUUGA